AUGUCCAGGCGCCGACGACAAAGCACUUCGGAAAACUUUGGUAUCCAAAUCGGCUAUCGAACUCUUUCAAUUCACGUCUCCGAGUCCCAGCACGCUGCUGCGAAUGCAGAGCCUGACCUCAAGGCGGCCAAGGAAGGCGACGAUGAGUACUUUGCUGAGCUCAACUUCCAUACCCUUCCUGGUGCUCAGGUCUGCCAGCAACUCGGCGUUUCGCCAGAUCAAGGACUUCCUGAAGACGAAGCGUCUACUCGUCUUCAGAAGAACGGACCCAAUACCCUCCCAGAGCCUAAGACAAACUACCUCAAGAAACUCUUCGUCUACGUCUUUGGUGGCUUUUGCUCCGUUCUCUGGAUCGGCGCUAUCAUCUUUUUCAUCUGCUGGAAACCCCUGAGCGAUCCUCCCUCCGCCCAGAAUCUUGCCAUGGCUGUCUUGAUCCUUAUCGUCAUCUUUCUCCAGGCUGGCUUCUCCGCCUUUCAAGACUGGUCCACUCAGAAGACCAUGAAGUCCAUCACCAACCUCCUUCCCUCCGAGACACUCGUCAUGCGGAAUGGUUCCGUCAAGCGAAUGACCGCAUCGGAGCUUGUCGAGGGCGACAUCGUUCACCUGCGUACCGGCAGCAAGGUCCCAGCUGAUCUUCGACUUCUUUCCCACUCAGGCGACAUCCAUUUCGAUCGAGGCGUCCUCACCGGCGAAUCCGACGAGGUCGAAGGCGCCAUCGACUCGACCGACCCAAACUUUCUCGAGAGUCGUAAUAUUGCAUUGAUGGGCACAACCGUCGUAAACGGCCACGGCAUCGGUGUUGUGAUCUUGACUGGUGCUCAAUCGGUCAUGGGAAGAGUUGCUCGAGCUACAACAGACGUCGGAGAGAAGGUCACACUGAUUCAAAAGGAGAUUUGGAGAUUCGUUCGAAUCAUCGUCGUUCUCACAGUCUUCCUGGCGCUCCUGAUCUUUGUGGCCUGGAUCGCUUGGCUGAAGCGUGAUCACCCUUCGUACAUGAACGUGGUUCAAAUGUUGAACAAUGUUAUGGGCUGCGUCGUCGCCUUUAUCCCCGAGGGCAUGCCGGUGGCUGUCGCAUUGACACUCAUGAUGGUCGCCCGAAGGAUGAAGGCGGUCAACAUCCUCCCCAAGGGUCUCUCUACUGUUGAAACUUUGGGUUGCGUCAAUGUCAUAUGCUCUGAUAAGACUGGGACGUUGACACAGAAUCAGAUGACUGUCAACUCUGUCGCGUUCGUGGACCAGCUCCUUAGUUCACCUGACGUUGUGCACCAAGCUCUCAACACGGAGAAGCCCGAUGCGAUCUUUUCUAUGCUACAGAAAGCUUCCCUCCUAUGCAAUGACGCAUCAUUCGGAGCAGAUUCGAUGCAUCUACCCCCUCGGGAGAGAAUAGCCGAGGGCAACGCCACGGACGUAGCUGUCCUCAAGUUUGCUGCCUCAGCCCGAGACGGGGACGCGAUCGUGUCGAAUUUCCCACGAGUGUUCUCCAUUCCAUUCAACUCCAAGAACAAGUGGAUGCUUACACUGGUCCACGAAGGUGCCGCGGAGAAGGGCAACUAUUUCCGCAUGUUUGUCAAAGGGGCACCUGACGUUUUGUUGCCAGCCUGUUCCAGCUUCUGGUCGGGGAGAACACAAUCAACCGAGGCCCUUGGCGCAAAUGCCAAGACGUCAUUCGAAGAAAUUCAGGACAAGCUUUCUCGCAACGCUGAGAGAGUUGUGGUCAUCUGCGAGAAAGUCUUGGAGACUGUUCAUUCUCCUGGAACCAAUGCCUUCAGCGACGAAGUUGCGAUGAAAGCUUUGGAGAACCUCACUGUUGUGGGCAUUCUGGGUAUCAUCGACCCUCCCCGGACGGAGGCCGCCUCCACCGUCGCCAACUGCCGGCGUGCUGGGGCGAGAUUCUUCAUGGUCACUGGUGACUACGGCAUUACUGCCGCCGCCAUAGCCCACAACAUUGGCAUUUUCACCACAUCGGAGCCCGACACCUUUGACACCAUCAGGAGGGGUAUGACACCCACAGCCGAAGAGCUUCGACGUGAGCGCCUUGCUGGAAACGGCCGCAGUCUCCUUCUCGAGGGAGCUUCCGUCGCUCGUCUGAUGGCACAAGACUGGGACAUUGUCUGCGAGUACGACGAGAUUGUCUUCUCGCGCACGACUCCUGAGCAGAAGCUGCGCAUCGUCAAUGAGUUUCGCGACCGUGAGAAUGUGGUUGCGGUGACUGGUGACGGUGUCAAUGAUGCUCCGGCACUUCGGGCUGCUGAUGUCGGCGUAGCUGUCGUCACAGGCAGUGAUGUUGCGAUUGAGGCAGCGGAUCUUGUUCUCAUGGAUCAGUUUGACUCCAUCGUCGAAGCCAUUCGUCUCGGACGUCUCGUCUUUCAGAAUCUGCAGAAGGUCAUUGCGUAUCUUCUUCCUGCAGGCAGCUGGUCUGAGAUCUGGCCGGUGCUCGUUAACGCCUUCUUUGGAGUUCCUCUACCGUUGAGCGUCUUUCUCAUGAUAGUCAUCUGCGUCUUCACCGACCUGUUCCUCUCUCUGUCGCUCAUCAUGGAGAAGCAAGAGUUUGAUUUGCUUUCUCUACCCCCUCGCAAUGCCAAGCGUGAUCACCUCAUCAAUCUCAAGAUCUACGCGCAAGCAUACCUCUUCACGGGAUUCAUGGAGACGGUCUGCGCGCAUUCAAUGUUCUUCUUCUACAUGUGGAAGUACGCCGGCUUCCCAAUUCAUGAGCUUUUCUUCUUGUUUGAAGGCUAUGCUGAAGGCUACCAUGGGUACACCCUCGAUGAGCUCACCAACUUCAAUGCAACCGGCCAGUGCGUCUACUUUGUCACGUUGUUGUUCCUCCAGUGGGGCAAUAUCCUCGCGGUUCGCAACCGGAGACUCAGUAUCGUUCAGGCAGAUCCGAUCACCAAGGAGAGACGAAACCCGUGGCUUAUUGCGAGCGCUAUCAUCAGUCUCGCGAUCGCGAUUUUCGUUACCGAAGUUCCCGGGAUUCAGAAGCUUUUCGGCACAGCUUCCGUUCCAAUUGAAUUCUGGCUUAUUCCCGUGCCUUUGGCGUUGGGCAUCUUGUUCAUGGACGAGAUUCGAAAGCUGGCUGUAGGACUAUUCCCACGAGGUCCGAUUGCUAGAGUUGCGUGGUGA